AUGCGCAUUAUUAAACUGUCUAGACUCGCUCUGCUUUGUUUGGAGUAUCGCCUCUGCGACUUUCGCCGAGUAAUCGAGUAUUAGCAAGAGCUUUCGGGGAACAUUCACGGUCUUUUCGGGUUAUUUAAACAUUUGUUAUCUCAUGUUAAGUUUCCAACCAGAGCGUUUUUCGUCGUGUGACUCUGGAGACGAUAGAAGCGACGAGCUCCUUGUAUACAAACAAAACGCAGCGAGCUGCUGUUUAAGGUGGAGCGUUGGAAACAGCUGCAAAAACAAGACUCGACGGUGCUCGCGUGUGAAUUUAGCUAAGUCGCUGUUAGCCGCGAUGUCAGCCAUGGAGGUCGGCCCAAAGCGUUGUUAGGGUACGAACCCCAGGACCUAUGCGUGCGAACAUGAGAGGAGAGGGCGGUUUGCUGUCAGAAGGCCAGCCCAUGGCAAGUGAGAGACGGGGCGAACAUCCCUGCUGCUGCCGCCACUUGAACCAGGAGGAAGGAACAGUAGACAGCACGAAGCGAGAGCUGAGGCCUCCGGGUUGUGUGUCCAGCUCUUAGUGGUGCACACUCAGACUUUGGCCUAAGAUGGAGUCGGUGGGAAAGUUUGAGUUCAGUCGGAAGGACCUGAUCGGACAUGGCGCAUUUGCUGUGGUCUUUAAGGGACGACAUCGAGAGAAACGUGACUGGGAAGUGGCAGUGAAAUGCAUAAACAAGAAGAACCUGGCUAAAUCCCAGACGCUGUUGGGGAAAGAGAUCAAGAUACUAAAGGAGCUGAAACAUGAAAACAUUGUUGAAUUACUGGACUUCCAGGAAACUGCCAGCUCAGUGUACCUGGUAAUGGAGUAUUGCAAUGGGGGCGACCUCGCUGACUACUUACACUCCAAAGGCACGCUGAGUGAGGACACUAUUCGAGUUUUCCUGCAGCAGAUCGCCGGCGCCAUGAGGGUCCUCCAGUCCAAAGGGAUCAUCCACCGGGACCUUAAGCCUCAGAACAUCCUGCUCUCUUACCCGCCGGGACGCAAGUCACACUCCAACAACACCUGCAUCAAGAUCGCGGACUUUGGUUUCGCCAGGUACCUUCAGAACAACAUGAUGGCGGCGACACUGUGCGGCUCGCCCAUGUACAUGGCUCCUGAGGUCAUCAUGUCCCAGAACUACGACGCCAAGGCCGACCUGUGGAGCAUAGGGACCAUCGUGUUCCAGUGCCUGACUGGGAAGGCUCCUUUUCAGGCCAACAGUCCCCAGGAGCUCCGGAUGUUCUAUGAGAAACACAAGGACCUCAGCCCCAACAUCCCCAGAGAGACGUCGAGCCAUCUGAGGCACCUCCUGUUGGGUCUGCUGCAGCGCAACCACAAGAACCGCAUGGACUUUGAUGAGUUCUUCUCUCACCCUUUCAUGGAGGCUAGUUCAUCAAUGAAGAAGGCUACUCCAGCGGUGACCAUGACCUGCCUCCCAAGCUCUGCAUCAGCCAGCUCCUGUAGCAGUUCCUCCACCUCCCAUCUCGCAUCGCCACCGCAGUCUCUUGCUGAGGUUCAGCAUCUGCGUGCCAAACCCCUGGCCUCCCCCACCCAGGAGGCAAUCGGCUUUCACCUCAAGGACUCAUCCGGAGGCGGCGGCAGCAGCAAGAACUCCUCCUCCUGUGACACGGACGACUUCGUCAUGGUGCCUGCGCACUUCAACACAGGUGAAGUGACGUGUGACAGUAAAGUUCUUCAGGACAGUCUGAUGAACAGCGGCUCCCUGUUGGCUUCCGCUGCUCUGUGUAUCCCAGCCAAAACGCCGCCACACUCACCUCCCUGCAGCGGCUCCCCUACUUCUGUCAGGCCCAGUGAGUUUUCUGGAAGUAACUAUGGAAACCGCAGCCAGUCACUGCCCAUCCCGGUCCCCAGUCAGGUCCAGAACUACCAGCGCAUGGAGCAUAACCUCCACUCUCCUAAACGGGAUGCUUCACCACGGCUCUCGACGCCGGUGCGACGCUGCAGCAGUGGGAGUUCUCUGGGCUUUGCUCGAGGUGGACCUUCACCCCCCGGUGGCCAAGGAGCAGUUGCCACCACGCGCAGGUUCUCCCUGGGAGGCGCCAGACCGUUCCAGCUCUCCCCACAAGCUGCUGCUCCUCCUCCUCCUCAGCAGCACGCUCAGAACACGGGGCUGGGAACACGACUCCACAGUGCUCCCUGUCUGCUGGAGUGCAACGGGGGCAGACACAAGAUCCGUAAGCAGUACUCUGACCCGGUGGCGGCCCCCUCGGCGGGUCUGAUGACAGUUUGCCCCAUGCACUCCUCCCCCAGACUGAGUGAACUGAUGCAGCGCAGCCCUCUUCCUACCAUACUGGGCUCCCCUUCCAGGGCCGUUCCUCCGUUUGAAUUCCCCAGGCCUCCCAGCUCUCCAAACCUGGUGACCUUCCUGACACAGCAGGGUUUGGUCAUUGGCUCACCGGGCAGCAGGACUGCUACUGCUUCAGCAGAACCCAGAGAGCCAGGACACCCAGCAGCUGCACACUGCAUCCACAGACUGAAUGGUGAUACCAGGGGUUUUGGAAGGUCUCAGAGUACUGGCCGUCUGUCUGACAUGCUGCUGAUGGCUGCAUUCGGACCUGGGGGACCUGUGGGCGGGGGAGGUAGCACAGAGAACCUGACCUGUGAUAAAGCCAUAGACAUAACAGUGCCCCCAGGUGGUGGGGUAGGGCUUGCUCCUGGUUCCAGCAGCCCGGCCCAGGUGGUUUUCACUGUAGGCUCCCCUCCCAACAGCAGCACCCCAUCUCAUACCUCCAGACAAAGGAAAUACUCCGGCUCGUUCCCAUCCGUGAGCCCUCCGGGCUCCCUCACCAGCCGGUACCCUCAGACUGGCGUCUAUCUGGAUGGCUUUGAGGCUCCUUCUAGUCCUCGAUGCGGCUUCGCUGAUCCUAUCACAGCCAACAUGGGUGGUCCUGUAGCCUUCGAGGCACCGGAGCUGCCUGAGGAGACACUGAUGGAGCAGGAGCACACAGACACUGUGCAAAGGCUGCAUUUCCUCUUGGAUUUCGCCUGUUGUCUAAUGGAGGUGGCCGGAGCCCGUGGCACUGCGGUGAUGGGUGAACAGGGGGACCCUUGUCAUCCCUCCCUCUUACAUCAGCACAGCAUGGUAGCAGAUCAGAUAAGCUUGCUGAGUCGGGAGUGGAGUCACGCAGAACAGCUGGUUCUCUACCUUAAGACUGCAGAGCUCCUGUCGACUGCCUUACACACAGCUAUGGAGAGAGUUAAACAAGGCAAACUCUACCCAUCCACCACAGUCAAACAAGUAGUCAGGAGGCUGAAUGAGCUGUACAAGGCCAGUGUGGCAGCCUGCCGUUCACUCAGCACGCGUCUAGAGCGCUUCUUUUCCAGGAAGCACAGUCUAAUGGACCAAAUCACCUCCAUCACCGCCGAGCGGCUGCUCUUCAGCCACACUGUGCAGAUGGUUCAGGCUGCUGCACUGGAUGAGAUGUUCCACCAGGGGGAAGCAUCGAUCCUGCGCUACCAUAAAGCUCUGCUGCUGAUGGAGGGCCUGUCCCUGCUGCUCACUGAACAGGAUGACAUCCUCUGCGUUAGCAAAUGUAAGGAAUGCAUCGAGCGCCGCCUCACAGCUUUGCAGUCAGGACUCUGUGUUUGAGAGUUCUACACCGUUUUCCAGUGCGGAUAUGAUGUCAGUCAUGCUUACUCAUCAAUGUAUGAUGAUGAAUGAACCAAAUCUCUGAGUCACUUUUUCACUCAAAAGUGCUUUAAUUUUCACAAGGAAGACCAGAAGGGUUGAGUUUUCAUCUAACAUCUUGAGCGUAAGUUACCAUUUAGCUUGACUCCUACACAGAUGCAGUGACUUCUUCCUCCCUACGCUUGGAGCCGUGUGGGACAUGAAGCACUGUGCUUUGAUAGAAUCUCUGGGCCUUCGUCUGUAUGACAGGACUUUUCUUCUGUCACUCAAAGUUGUAUUUUUUUUUCUUUGCCAAGAAGAAGAGGAUUCAUCUCGAGACAGAUGCAGACACAUGCAGGAGCGAUUAUUGCCAAGUAGUCUCACACCCACAUGCAGUGCUUCUCCAAACACAGCGUUCUAGGAAGGACUGAAUUUUUUGAAGACAAAAUGUUAUUUUUCAUUAAUUUGAGCAUCUGCUGCUCACCUACACUAGAACAUGUCCUGAGGAAGUCUGACGACGACCAGUGAUGGUCGUUUAUCUCAUUAUAAAUGUUUGUCUUCUACUGAUGUUUGCUUGUCUGGAUUAAGUUUAGGUUUUUAUCUACUUGAGUAGCUGCUGAGUGGAUGUAAAUAUAAUAAUGCUACAGUUUGAGGCAGAUCGUUUAUUCCAGCUCUAUUAAAAACUGCUGCAACAUCCACAAAAACAUUUAGUGUUGAGGUUAGAGCCCCUGUAGCGACGCUGGUUUGGAAAUAACAUGCCUUUAUUUGACACGUGCACAGUGUAAACAACUAUGAUCCCUCACAAACAUUUUAAUAUUCAAGCAACGAGCAGGAAUGAGUCCAGAACAUAUUCACUACCACACAGCUAAAUGCAAAUGUCAAGAGCGUGUGUCAUUGUCAUUGCCUGAUUAGGAUCCUGCUAAAGAUGCUGCAUUGACUGGCAGUUGUUCUUCAGGUGUACAGAAGCUUAGACGCUGCCGUUACCUGUAAUCACUUCAUAAGAUUCCAUGUUAGUUGUUUUUACUUAUGAGCGAUGAUAGAGUUUAGCAAGUAUAAUCAAAAUUGAAUGUAGGGCUGACAGGAGAGAGAGACGCCACAAAAGUCAUCCAGAUGUUAGAUCGUUAACAUUUAGGCUGAUUCUGGGGUUAAUGUCGGAACAUUUUUGCACUGUUGAAGUACUGUAUGGAGCGAUUGAGGAACAUGCUAAACAUGUCCAGUUUUGUAUAUACGCAUACAAAUAAGCCUAUUUAGAGGUUUCUUCUUCCAUGUCUUUAUUGCAGUUUUAGUUACUUGAUGGCAAAGGUCAACGUAUGUUAGCUGUGAGAAUGUAGGAAAACACAUGGAAUAAGCUAUGAAACCUUAGAUAUAUUUGUAAAGAAGGAAAAGGAAUUGACACAUUGCUUUACACUGAGAUGAUGUAUAGACGUCUUUUGUUUUAUUUCAGCUAGUGAGUGACAGUUGUUUGAGUUUGAAGUGCUUGUUGAAAUGGUGUAUUUUACCUGAACUAGUUGUGUGAUGUUAAUAUUGAUCUUAUCCAAACAUGAUCCUUCUGUCAUGGCUGAUUUCGAGGAGAGUUUUGUGGGCAUGCAUGCAUGUGGUUAAGUGUUGUUUGAGGUGUAGCCUUCAGAAUUCUCUUGCUCUGUAGCAAUAUAUGAAUGAUUCUGUUUUGAUUUGCUUAUGAAUGUGGUUGGCUCUGGAUAAGAUGAAACGAGUGUAACCCACUGCUAAACCCAAAUCUGGUUUCUUUCGUUUUGAUGUUUUUUUUUUCCAGUCAUCUUGAGUUUAUCAUGUUUGUGAAAGAGUGCACAUUUUAGAAUAUGUCUCGAGGAUUAUGCUGAAAUUAUUAAGCCAGUUUAGUAGCUGUCAGCAGAACAGAGAAAGGGUUGGCUUCUUUGCAUGAAUGUUUUUUUUUUUUUUGUGUAUUUGUUUUGUGGCCUCUUAAUCGUUUUUCAAAGAACAUUUUCGUUCUCAUACUCCCAAAUGGGAAGCAUCUCCUGCGUGUCUAUUAUUAACGUUUGCAUUCCUAUUUGUUUUUCCACGGGCUGUUUCUGUUCUGUCUUUAUAAUGUGCCGCUGUCUCGUUCGACAGGUAGCAGAAAGCGUGACCUCCUGUGUGUAUAAACUGAUGCAUGUGUCACUUUUUAUUGUUCGAUCAUGGUAAUGUAAUCACAUCCCACCAUGCUACCCAACAGUGGUGUAGGCUAAAAGGCAAACGCAAUCUUAGAAAUGAAAACAUGCCCACAUGCUGGAAAACUGCUCCCAAAACGCUAUUUUAGCAAAGUCGUGACGUUUGUACUUCAUUUCUUCAUCAGGUACCAUUCCACAUGUGACUAUGAAGGUCACUUGACUUAAUGUUCCUACAAUCAUUGCUAUGGGCCAUCCUAAUUCUAAUGAUGUUCUUUGUAUGUUUACUAAGAACAUACUUGAAUGUUUUUAUUUUGCGUUUCCACCUUCAUUGUUCCUGUUUUACCUGUAUAUUUUGUAAACUAAGUUAUUGUUUUUGUACAUAUAAUGCUGCAGGCUUGCAGAGAACAGUACCAUACAAUCUAUACAUUUCCAAAGACUGGGCCUUUUUGCUGAUCUUCCAUAUUAUCUAUUAACAUCAAAUCCUUUUAAUAUUGUCACAUGUAUGACAGGUGCACUAUCGCAAUGUCCCUGUGUGUCAUGUAAUCUUGGCUGUGUGAGAGAUGAAUAAAUUGAAAGAAAAGACAA